GUGAUAAUAGAGAGGCGUUCUCGCUCUCAAGCAUGGGGGAAGCUCCUACCCCAACGCAUGAUGGAAUCAGAAGAGUGUGGCGGUUUUCGUGGUGGUUUAUCUUCUCCAUCACUCUGUUGCUAUUUGUCAUAAGCGUGGGCAUCAACAACUGUCCGAAGCAGCACCCAACGAGACCGUGUGCGAUGCGAUGGCUGGGGACGUUUUCGUUCCAGAAUUUGAAGGAAAACCCGCUUCUUGGACCAGGCUCUCGAGCUCUCGUUAGAAUGGGAGCAUUGGACCCUCGCCGUACAUCCAGGAAGCACCAGGAAUGGAGACUGUUUACGUGCCUCUGGCUGCAUGCGGGACUCUUUCAUUUGAUUGUAACAUUAUUAGGCCUCAUCUUCGUCGGCACCCGGCUGGAAUGGAAUUGCGGCACAUUGACAGUCGCUGCUGUGUACAUCGCCUCUGGUAUUGGAGGCGCUUUAUGGUCGGCCCUGCUGCUCGUUCCGGCAAACAUUUCCGUGGGAGGGUCGUUCCCCUUGUUUGGAUUGAUUGGAAUGACUUGUGCAGAUCUUGCCAUCAACGGUUCAGAAUACAUUAACAAGGCCACWGCGGGAGUCACGUUGGGCCUUGUCGCCGCGAUCGAACUCAUUUUCGGCCUUAUGCCUUUUGUCGAUAACUGGGGACAUAUCGGUGCCUUCAUCACCGGUCUUGUUCUUGGUUACUUGAUAUUAAUCAAGCCAUUGCCAUCCUACAGCGAAGSGUGCCAACAAGCUGAUGAAGAUCCUCUCGUUAAGGGUGGAAUCGAUCUGAGACCAAAGCAUCGUCUCACGCCUGUUGCGGAGGUUCUUCGUGUGCUGUGCUAUGUCAUCCUCAUUCUUGGGUUCACUAUCGCCAUUGUCGCCCUCUUCUCUGGCGCCGAUCACAAGAAACAUUGCAAAUGGUGUCGUUAUAUGAACUGCGUUGAUACGAGGGCCUGGAAGUGCCCUGCAGUCGGAGGCUAUUCGAUUCCUCCUGAGUCCAAGCCCUUGCCCACGAAACUUGUAUGUCUGGUGAGGAAGCGCAACGACAACAUAGGAUGGAUGAUCUGCAAGAAUGGGUCGAUGCAAGAACUUGGUGACCUAUCGAAGAGAUCGCAGGAGUGGUUGCGCCAGCAUUCGACCGUUCGAUGGUGGAAGUUUGCCAGGAAGGCAAUCAUGUACAGGUUUGGUGCGAUUUUCUUCGUUGUGGGGAUGGCUGCAAGAGGAGAAUCUGCAGAGUUGAAAUGCAACGGUGUUGAGAAGCGGUUAGUGGCAAUUGGAGUUCGGCAAGUAGGUCGUGACAAGGAUGUUGGAAAAGGCCGAGUGCAGGUGAUGAGUCGUGAGUUGAAAUUGUCUACGCUGUCGUUUGAAUGUUCGCUUAUUCGGGAUUUCUUUUCAUGAAAGUGGGGAUUCUGCUGCAGGUUACAAGUGGCUGUAGGUCGAUCAAUCUCUACAUGUCUUCCGUCGAUCUUAUCGUGGAGAUCAGUGGGGCAGUAACAGUUUACUCCUGUUAUGGAUGCAUUGCUUUAGGAUUUGCUGCUGAGAGCUCAUUAUAGCUGCAGCGGCGAUUCCUUGAGGUGUAUAAUGAAUGCAGUUCGACCGUUGAAUUGUGGAGAAAAUUUGCCAGGAAAGCACGCAUGUACAGUGUUUUGCGCUUAUUGCGGUGUUAGGGAUGAUAGCAGUUUCGUCAGGAAGUCUUUGUUGUGUCGGGAUGGUCACAAGGAGGAGAAUCUGUUGAGUGGUGGACAUGUGAGGGUGUCGUUAGCGAGUUGAGUGAAUCGGCGCCCGGCGCUCGGCAAGUAGGUUGUCAUAAGGAUGUUGUGAAAUGGUGAGGUCGAGAGGAUGAAGAUGAAUCGUGAAUUGAAGCUAUCUAUUCUGGCUGGUAUCUAUUCUGGCUGGUGAAUGGAAUCUUCUUUAGGAGUUCUUUUCGUGAGUGCGAGGACUGUGAUGGUGGGACAAGACUGUAGGUCGAUCGUUCGCUUCAGGUCUUCAGAUGGACUUUUUUCGUGGCGACGAGCGGUGUACUACGUCAUGGUUAUGGAUGCAUUUCUCCAAUCUUUGCUCGAGUUUUGCAUCCUCGUCUUGUUCGGAUAUGGUCUGAUUUUCCCGACCAUCG